UACCGCUCGCUGGCUGCGGGGAGAGACGACUGUUAUUUAUUUGUAUACAUCAUAUUAUCUUUAGUUUAUCGACGGAGUUGUGCGUCAAUACGGUAUAACGAUGUCUUGUCGAAGAAGUGAGGCUCUGGCAUUCUCUCUUGUGACUGAGAUCAAUCAUGCGAUGGCCAGGCUUGUAGACAUAUGGGACAGCAUCGGCAUCAUGGAAGAACAGAGAGUGGAGCGAAUGCAAACUGUGAAAAAGCAUAUAGAUGGGCUUUUACAUUCCAUGAUCAUGGAGGAAGAGGCCUUAAGACAUCGCAUUAGAACCGAUAUCAUUACUUUCCAGAAACAAUUGGACACCCUGUGCUUGGAACUGACAGUUGAGCCGUACAAAUUUGAGGAAGAUCUUACAGUUCUACAGUUGGAGAAGAACCUGCGGUGCCGUGUGGAUUCUCUUCUAAAGGAGAAGAAUGAACGUUUGAGUGAGCUGACCGAUUUGAAGAAGCAGGACGAGGAGUUGUGCGUGACUCUGUGUGCUACCCCAUACUACAUUCCUUCGGGAAGUGUGCCCUCUCGAACCCAGCUGCAGGAACUCCAGGAGCAUGUCGAGAAACUCGGCAAAGAAAAAGAGAGCAGGGUGAAGGUAUUCUCUGGGCUCAGGGAGGACAUCAGGACUUUAAUGGACGAGAUGGGACAUGAACCAGAGAGCAGUCUGGAACGGGAGUCCAUAUGCCCCGACACUGACAUUUUUCUGCUCACACAUGACAAUAUCAAAGCCUUGAAACUGCUGCUCAGCCAGCUUGAAAUGAAGAAGGAGUCCUUGAUUUCAGCUCGUGACAAACUCAAGGAGCGAGCCACGAGCCUGUGGAAUCGUCUGAGUUGUCCUGAGCCGGAAGGCGAGGUGUUCAGAGAGGCUGCGAUGAGCACUCUCUCUGAUGAUAUCAGGCGGUGGCAGGGCUGUGUGGAACAUCUGGAGAAACUGCAAAUGGCUCGACUGGAGGAGGUGGUUGAUAAGGUCCGACAGGAGCUUGUGGUUCUAUGGGACAAAUGCAUGUGUGGACCAGAACAGAGAGAGCUGUUCAAUGUUCACUUCUGUGAUAAUCACUACACCGAGGAACUGCUGGCCCUCCAUGACACGGAGCUGCUGAGAAUGAUGGCUUUCUAUGAGGCAGCACAACCCAUACUGGAGGACCUAGAGAAAUGGAAGAGGAACUGGGCUCUCUUUCAAGAGUUUGAGAGAAAGGCUGCGGAUCCAAAUCGCUUCAGUAACAGAGGAGGGUCUCUGCUCAAAGAGAGUAAGGACAGGGCCAAAGUGCAGAAACUGCUCCCAAAGCUGGAAGAAGAGUUGAGAGGCCGUGUGGAAGAAUGGGAAAAGAAUAAGGGGUCUUUCUUCCUUGUGCAAGGUCAAAGGAUCAUGGAUUUCAUCUCCAGCCAGUGGGAAGAGAAUCGCUUGCAGAAAGAUAAGGAGAAGAAUGAACGGAUGACAAAGAAAACCGAAAUCUCUCAGUUUAAAACUCCAACAAAGAGAGCCCACGGAGCAACAUAUACCACCCCCACCCCUAACAAAAUUAAAAAGACACCCAAUCAGCCGGCACCUCGCACUGCCACCGUUAACAGUAUCAGUAGCGGCAGCGGCAGCUGCUCAUCCACCACGUUUCUGUGUGUGCCAGGAAGGCCUCAACUCUCUGCCAAGAGGAGCAAGACAACAGAGGCCAGCUCUGGCCCACAUGUGCCGCUGCAGGAGUUCAACAGUGACCAGAAACUGGUUCCAAUGAGCUACUCAGCCUUUACCAGCGAGCUCUCCAAGAAAGCCAACAGUGAUGCUUUUCUCAAUUCCACCGUUAGAGACAUGCUUUGAAUGGUCUGUCGGCAUUGUUUUUUUAUUAUUAUUUAUUUUUUUAUGAGGUUUAGGUCAUGAAUUAUCAUGUCAGGAUUUGAAACUGUACAGGAUAAAACAAUUCUCAGGUGUUUGUCUUAUUUACAUUUUACCAGUGCAGUGACUUUCCAACAACUUAUUUUGUUUUAAAAGGCACUAUUAUAUAUAUUUUUAUAUUGCUUUAAUUGUCAUUGUUUACCUACUUAGUUGGAUUGUGUAUAUAUUAGCUCAUAGAAGGUCAGUUAUUUCCUUGUGUAUAUUCAGCACUUUUAAUAAAAUGCUUUUUUGUACAUUCAAAA